AUGGAGAAGGAGAAAGGGAAGAAGAAGGAUGUAAAACAUUUCACUGAUUUGAUAAGAUAUUUCCAUUGUCCGACUAAACACAAAGAUUUUGGAGAUAGUAUUCGUGAUCUAUCUACUGCAACACAAUUGUACGAAACAGGAGUGAUAUUCAAAUUGGAUGAAGUGGGUGGCUUACUUGACAUACAAUUCGAUAAACAAUUCGAGAUAGAUGAUAUAACUGAAGCCCUUUUCCGAAACAUAGUGGCAUGGGAGCAAUGCUAUUAUCCAUCUGAAGCUUACUUAUGCAAUUAUAUGGGGCUAUUGGACUAUCUUUUGAACACUGGAGAAGAUGUGGAGUUGCUUGUUGAAAAAGAUAUUAUAGUUAACUCGUUAGGCAGCAAUGAAGCAAUUUCCAAAAUGGUAAAUAGACUCUGCCUUGAAAUUGUGGAAGAAAAUUCUUGUUACUCUGAACUCGCUCAAAAGCUUAACAAGCACUUUGACCAAUGUUGCAACCGUAACAUGGGGCUCUUGAAAAGUACCUAUUUCUCCAAUCUUUGGAGAGGCACUGCAACUAUUUUUGGUCUUAUAAUCUUUGGAUUCAGUCUCUGGAGUAUCAUUAGUCCUUACGUUCUAUAG